UGUGUUUCUAACGGCGCCUAUUUACGUCUGCACUCACUCAAGAGGGUUGGACGAAAUGUCGUCCGUCAGGGUUAACUGUGAUCAACCAGUGAAAUAUUCUCGAAAUUGACACGUAGCAAGUUUAUCAAGGAGUAGGGUCAGCCCUGUGGUUAGGUAGCAGUCACAUAUAUCUGUUGUUACAUGGCGUGAAAUAGUUUAUCAGAUAACGGAUACAUAAAACAGGUUUACCUUCUGUUUCUUUGUUUGUGGAACCUGGCAGAGGUAUGGCUGUGGGGCAGAAACCAAGCAGUGCAGAGACAUUUGUUUUGGCUGGAUUGAAUGGACAUAGUGAGACAAGGCACACCGGUUUGAAUGACACUGUGCAGAAUCACACCGCUGACCAACGAAGUUCGGGGAGGGCCAGAGUCGCGUCUGACAUGAGGUACAAGUGUGCUGCUUAUGUGCUGGCCCUGCGGCCGUGGAGUUUCAGCGCCUCCCUCACACCGGUGGCUCUGGGCAGUGCCCUGGCCUACAAGCUGGAGGGCUCUGUGGACUUGGUCAUCCUCAUGGUGUGUGCUGUGGCAGUGCUGGUGGUGCACGGGGCAGGGAAUCUGGUUAACACUUACUAUGACUUCUCCAAAGGGAUCGACCACAAGAAGAGCGACGAUAGGACUCUGGUGGAUGAGAUCCUGGCGCCGCAGGACGUGGUCAUGUUCGGAGCGCUGCUCUACUCUCUGGGCUGCUUGUGUGCCACCCUGCUCUACUUUCUCUCCACGUUGAGGAUGGAGCAUCUGGCCCUUAUUUAUUUUGGAGGGCUCUCCAGCUCUUUUCUGUACACGGGAGGCAUUGGUCUUAAGUACGUGGCCCUGGGGGACGUGGUGAUCCUGAUCACUUUUGGCCCCCUGGCGGUCAUGUUUGCCCACGCCGUGCAGGUGGGCUACCUGUCUGUCCUGCCUCUGGUCUACGCCGUUCCCCUGGCCCUCAACACAGAGGCUAUCCUACACAGCAACAAUACCAGGGACAUGGACUCUGACAAACAGGCGGGCAUCGUCACUCUGGCCAUUCUCAUCGGGCCCACGCUGUCCUACAUCCUCUUCAACCUCCUGCUGUUUGUCCCUUAUGUGCUCUUCUGCAUCCUGGCCACCCACUACACCAUCAGCAUGGCCCUGCCCCUGCUCACGCUGCCCAUGGCCUUCCCCCUGGAGAGGCAGUUCCGCAGCCAGUGCUAUUCCAAGAUCCCCCAAAAGACAGCCAAGCUCAACCUCCUGAUGGGACUUUUCUAUGUCUUUGGGAUCAUUCUGGCACCUCAAGGCAGCUUACCGCUACUGUGAUUGAAUUGUAGCUUCUUUUAUAGCUUUUUUGUUGUUGUUGAAAUGCAGACUAGUUUAUGUACAUCUUUGUAUUUGUAAUUAUUUACUUGAGUUCAAAGGCUUUAAUGGAUUGUCUAAUUUAUACAUCCAGAGAAACAGUUUAGUUACUCUUCUUUAAUACUGACAGAUAUAACCAGAUGCGUAACUGGUCCAUUAUUUUGCGUAGUUCUGUGUAUCGAUUGAAGUCUGAGGUGUGUUCAGACUCAUUUGGUAUAAGACUACAGUACAGAGGACAUUUCAAGUCCUGAUGCCUCAAAAUGAGGACAGACAUUGAAGAAACGGUUGCCAUGGGUUGCGGCGGGCCCUCAUACUUGCUACCGGUGAUGCAAUUCUUCAAAAUGUCAAUAAACCAAAUCUAAACCAUUUAAUCUCUGUAAAUUGAAAUUAAAUGUCAGUUUUUUUUGGUUAUGUUAGGACAAUAGCCUGAGUUAUUAGUCAGGGUUUGAGGUUAAAAUUAUGAAUUGCAAUAGUGUUUUUAUUUAUAGGGGUAUGAGAUGGUAGCCUUGUAAUUAUCAGGUUUUGCAGUCAAGGUUUGGGAAUUUCCAUUUUAUUUUGUUAGACAGAGGAGUGCAACCAAUAAUCGAUCCAGUCUAUAAACAAAUACAAAUUAAUGUACAUGGAAAUGCACCCAAAUGUUCCAAAUCUCAGCCUAAUUUGCAUCGGACCAGUUAGGGAUCUUUUACAUUUAAUAGUAAAAUUCUAUGUUUUGGAAAGUUAUGUAUUCAUUAAGAAAUGACAUCUAUUGUCUUUGUCUUUCUUGUUCCUCACAUAAUGACAUUUCAAAUUGGGUUGUCAUAAGAGAAAAGAAAUAGACUGCAAAAAAUGUAAUGUUUUUAUUUAUUUACUUCAGGUUCUUGCUGUUAGAAUUUGAUAUUGAAAUAAUUUGGACUAUUUCAGAGAAGACUAUAGUUUUACAUUUUUUAAAAAGGUUUUGAAAUAUGCAUUGUAAAUGGGUCCAGUGCCCAUACUCUGCCACAGCUUUCUGUUGAGCUCUAAACUUCAGGUUUGAAUAAGACCUCAAUUCACCAAUUGGAGCCAGUGCUUAUCAUUAGAUAUGCAAGCCCACAGUAUUAAUCCUCUGGAAGCCAGGAGGUUUUGUUCCCCCUCGGGCUUAUGCAUUGGAGAUCUUCAUGGGCUAUACUCAGCCUUGUCUCAGGGUAGUAAGUUGGUGGUCUGUUGUUAUCCCUCUAGUGGUGUGGGGACUGUGCUUUGGCAAAGUGGGUGGGAGUAUUGUCGGAUGGAGCCACAGUGUCCCCUGAGCCACCCCUGUCUAAGCCUCCAGUAUCUAUACUGCAAUAGUUUAUGUGCCAGGGGGCUAGGUCAGUCUGUUAUAUCUGGUGUAAUUCUCCUGUCUUAUCUGGUGUCCUGUGUGAAUUUAAGUAUGCUGCCUCUAAUUCUCUCUCCGUCUCGGAGGACCGGAGCCCUACGAUCAUGCCUCAGGACUAUCUGGCCCGAUGACUCCUGGCAGUCCCCAGUCCACCUGGUCGUGCUGCUGCACCAGUUUCAACUGUUCUGCCUGCGGCUAUGGAACCCUGACCUGUUCACCAGACGUGCUACCUUGUCCCGGACAUGCUGUUUUCGACUCUCUACUGCACCUGCUGUCUCGACCUCUGAAUGCUCGGCUAUGAAAAGCCAAGUGACAUUUCCUCCUGAGGUACUGACCUGUUGCACCCUCUAAAACCACUGUAAUUAUUAUUUGACCCUGCUGGUCAUCUAUGAAUGUUUGAAUAUCUUGAAGAACAAUCUGGUCUUAAUGGCCAUGUACUCUAAAUCUCCACUCAGCACAGCCAGAACAGGACUGGCCAGCCAUCAGAGCCUGGUUCCUCUAGGGUUCUUCCUAUGUUCCUGCCUUUCUAGGGAGUUUUUCCUAGCCAGUGUGCUUCUACAUCUGCAUUGCUUGCUGUUAGGGGGUUUUAGGCUGGGUUUCUGUAUAACACUUUGUGACAUCUGUUGAUGUAAAAAGGGUUUUAUAAAUACAUUUGAUUGAUUGACUUGUAUCUAUUUGUAAAUAACUUGUGUUUUAUAUGGAACAGGACUGGGACAUGACCAUUGGACUUGUCAGCCAAACUACUCAGUCUGAUGGUAAGAAUUUGCAUCAUGUUAACUUACUAAAUGUAGAAAUGCCUUUGUAGACGGUGUUGUAAAAAGCCAUACCGGUAUAACUUAAAAGAGCAAUCUGUAGUUGCUACAUAAAUGUUUUAAAACUAAUAAUUAAUAAUAUUGUACCCUUUGAUUCUUGAAGAAUAUAACUUAGAAAUGCCUCAUGAGCUUAUUUAAAUUGUUGUACCCCAUCAGAAGCCAACAUAAACAAAUGUUUGUAAAUAAAGUCAAUGUAAACCAACACUAUA